AAAACCAAUCGAUAGUCCUGCUCUUAUCGAUAGCGCAAUCGAUAUUUUGACAGCUCGGGGCUGUCACUUUCAGCGACUUCCUUUCCUGUCAAAAUAGUCGACAAAGAUGGCUAUCGGCUCCAAGAUUAUCAAGCCCGGCGGCGCAGAUCCCGAUGACUUUGAGAAGUCCAUCGCCCAGGCCCUGGUGGAACUCGAGGCCAACAGCGACCUGAAGCCCUACCUGCGGGACCUGCACAUUACCCGUGCUCGCGAGAUUGAGUUCGGCAGCAAGAAGGCCGUCAUCAUCUACGUGCCCAUUCCACAGCAGAAGGUGUUCCAGAAGAUUCAGAUCAUCCUGGUUCGCGAGCUGGAGAAGAAGUUCUCUGGAAAGCACGUCGUUGUGAUUGGCGAGCGCAAGAUCCUGCCCAAGCCAACGCGCAAGGCCCGCAAUCCCCUCAAGCAGAAGCGCCCGCGCUCUCGCACCCUGACGGCCGUCUAUGACGCCAUCUUGGAGGAUCUGGUCUUCCCCGCUGAGAUUGUGGGCAAGCGCAUCCGCGUCAAGCUGGAUGGCUCCCAGUUGGUCAAGGUGCACCUGGACAAGAACCAGCAGACCACCAUCGAACACAAAGUUGACACCUUCACCUCGGUCUACAAGAAGCUGACUGGCCGUGACGUUACCUUCGAAUUCCCCGACAACUACCUGAAUGUCUAAGAGCGGGUUCUCGUAACGAAUGUCGCGAGUGGGUUCGUUGGUUCAUCUGGGAAAGUCACUGCGCUUCUGUUGUGCAGAAGAUAUGGGUUUUUUAAAUGAGCUAGAGAGCGUAACGUGAAUAAACAUUAAACAUUUAAAAAAUAA